ACAUCAGGAUAUUAAAUUAAUUUGGCCGAAGCUGCAAUACUCGAAAUGGUAAAUGCCGGGCUCGUAGCAAUGAAAUGAAGUGCUGUUGAUUUCGGUAAUCAUCUACAGUCGCAACCGCACAAUCCCUCAUUAUCAUCGGUAUUUAGUGUACCAGCAAUCACUGCCGCAUUGAUUGGUGAAUUAAAUUGAUAAUAAUUAUAAAGGUCUAUCUUAUCAGUGUCGUUAUCGUAAACUGAAAUUACAAUCUUGUUGGGUCUAGUUGUCUUCAUGCUUCAAGCGCAUAGAGUCCGGUUCUUGAAUACUAUUUUUAGUUGUGAAGUGGUCUGAGAUUACGUUCGAGUACCUAAGUGUUUACCUAAUAACAAAGUGUUUGUUUCCUAAUUCCAUUAGAAAGUAGGUGCAGUGAAAUAAACAAAAUGAAAUGAAGUUAUCAUAGUGUGUAUACUAGACUAGCCUUCAAUCGCCACGCUAGUAACAUUCGCAGUCAACAUGGCGGAAAACUCGGCACACAAAAGAAGCAACACAUUCAGUAGUCUCGACGGGUCGGUCAGCAUCGACCACACCGGGGCGCCGGCGAAAAAACUCGGCUGUUGGUCGAAAUUCAAAAGCAUAUUCGACGGUCGCGGCUUCGACCUAGAAUACGAAUACAGCAGCUCACACAACCCACCCGUCGUCGAGGCCCAAAACGACAUCGAAGGUUACAGAAAACUCGACGAGCGUAGACUAUCAGUAGACAAUAAGGCCAAAUUCGACACCCUGGACGGAGAGUUAACGGGUGUUAUAAACUUUUACGAGCAAUUCGCGACGCUAGGAGAUGAGAACGAGGAGCCUUCGACCAAGAACUGGAAGUCUGACAAGUACCGGUCGCGGGUGUCGGUGAGGCCCAGCCUGUUCCUCCCCAACAUCGUGGAGGAAACCAGUCUCUCGGACAACGAGGUUGACGACAUCGAAGUAAACAGGUCGCCGCCGCCGAGCGCCAUCCCGUCCGCGCUGCUCUACGCGCCGCCCGAGCCGCUCGAGCUACUAUGCGUGUUCCCGGAGCGCGCCUCACGGGUGUUCUCCGCCGUGUCAGCCGCGGCCAACCGCGCCGGCGGGGACGCGCGGUUCGCCCGCUCCACUCGAGAGGCGCUCGAGGCGCUGAGACGCGACGGAGACGCGCGGCUGCCGCACGUGGUGGUGGUGGACGCGCGGCAACCGCAGGCGUUGGACGCCGCACAGCUCGCCAGAGUAAUUCGAGGAACUAAGAACACUCAACACAUAGUGCUUAUUGCAGUCGUCAAAAAAAGUGCGUACCUGAAAGAUGACUUUGCCGUGCUGCCAUACCUUGAAGCUGGCUUCAACAGGAUAAUGGUGGAGACGGUGGGUGCAGUCGCCUGGUGCGCGGAGAUCCUGCAGGCGCGCGCGGCGGCGGCGGCGGCGCGGGCGCAGCUCGGCGCGGUGGCGGCUCUCGCGGCCGCCGUGGACCGCUGCAAGGACCUGGUGGCCAUCACGGAUGACCAGCAGAGGAUCCUGCUAUGCAACAAGGCCUGGUCCCGCGUGGUGGGCUGGCGCGUGGAGGACGGCGCGCGCCCCCUGGCGGAGACGGCGGGGGGCGAGGCGCUACGGCUGUCAGCCGCGGGGGCGCGCGACUGGGAGGCCCCCGUCACGCUGCGGCGCCGCGCCACCCUAGAUCCUGUUCUGCUGCCGUGCCGGGGGUCGGCUGUCUCGCUGGCUAGGAGCACCUCCCACAUAGUGCUGGUCUGCGACCCCGGGUCCCUCAACGAGGUGGGCGGCGCGCGCGGCUCGCUGCACUCCAUCCGGCGCGGGUCACUCGACGUGCGCUCCGUGGCCUCGGACGGGCUGCGGCGCACCUCGCUUGCCAAGCUGCAGGGGCUGCCGCUGGAAGCACCUAUUACUAAGGUGAUAUCAUUGCUGUCAGCGGCUUCAGAAGGGGCCCCACCUUCCACUGUGGCAUGCAUCGACCGAGCUGUUGAUAUGCUGAGGACUUCAGAGCUGUACUCGCCACAAAUGAGAGAUGAACCCAAACUGAGGAUGGAGGAUCCGAUUGCAACCGAUCUUAUUGGAGCUCUGUUAUCGCGGGAGCAAGUGAACGCAAAUCUUAUGUUUAUGCAAGGGCCAACUAACGUGCUUUCAUCGAGACGAAGCAGCAAUGACUCCACCGUCGUCCGAUCGCAAACCAACAGAUCAAACAUCAAGCACAAGACAUCCGGUCAACUGCGGGAGCUCCUCGACACAUCCCUGAGCUGGGACUUCGAGAUCUUUCGUCUGGAGGACCUGACCCGCGGCCGCCCGCUGGCGCACCUCGGGCUGACCCUCAUGGGGGGGCGCUUCGACGUCUGCGCCUCCCUGGAGUGCGAUGAGAGGACCCUGGUCAACUGGCUCACCGUCAUCGAGAUGCACUACCAUGCUGUCAACACGUAUCACAAUUCUACGCAUGCGGCUGAUGUGCUUCAGGCGGUGUCAUACUUCCUCGAAAAGGACCGUUUGAAGACGCUUCUAGAGCCCCUGGAGGCGGCGGCUGCCCUGAUCUCUGCAGCAGCUCACGACGUGGACCACCCCGGCUUCUCAUCGGCCUUCCUCUGCAACUCUCGGCACCCGCUCGCGCUGCUGUAUAAUGACUUUAGUGUGCUGGAGAGCCACCAUGCCGCUAUCACGUUUAAGCUUACGCUGAACGACGACCGCGCGAACAUCUUCAAGAACCUGGACCGCGACACGUACAAGACGGUGCGGCACAACGUGAUCGACAUGAUCCUGGCCACGGAGAUGACGCGGCACUUCGAGCACCUCGCCAAGUUUGUGAACGCAUUUGACACCAAGACGCAGGGCAGCAAGGAGGAUAUGCACACUGAUGACACGCUGCUCCCGAUGGAGUCGACGGCGCUGUCGCUGCCGGAGAACGUGGUGCUCAUCAAGCGCAUGAUGAUCAAAUGUGCUGACGUGUCCAACGCGAGCCGCCCGCAGAAGUUCGCCUUCGAGUGGGCUAGACGAAUUGCCGAGGAGUACUUCCUGCAGACAGACGAGGAGAAGGCGAAGGAUCUGCCGGUGGUGAUGCCCAUGUUCGACCGCGCCUCCUGCUCCAUCCCGCGCUCGCAGAUCGGGUUUAUAGACUUCAUCAUCAUGGACAUGAUGGAGGCUUGGGCUGCCUUCAUCGAGAUGCCCGAGCUCGUCACGCACGCGCGCAACAACCACCAGCGCUGGAAGGAGCUCGACGAGGUGGGGGUCACCACCAUCGCCGACGUGAAGCGGGCGCAGCGCCAGCACGCCAUCCAGGCCGCGCCCACCUCCACCUCGCAGCCGACAGCCGAGGAGUGAGCCAGCAGUGGAUGCUGCGUGUUGACAGAUUGUCGUGGAGUUUAGGGUGUGUAGAGGCUGGAAAGUUUAGAAGGAAGAAUGAAUUGUUAUUCACAUUAGGAAUUAGCAUUACGGAUGAAUAUUAUAUGGUGAACUUUAGAGCCCUCGCCCACGGCGACUUUUUGUAACGCGCUACAGCAUCGCUACUGUAUCGAUGCAAACGCGCGACCGUGUGGGACGACAUUGGGGAAAGAAUGGAGGGAGGGUGGCACGUGAAUGGAGAACCGAGCCUUUAUCACGUUUGCAUCGCGACAGAAGCGCGACGGUAUCGCGUUUGCAUCGCGACUGUAUCGAAGCAAACGCGCGACAGCAUCGAUACAAAAAAUUUACAUGGGCGAGGGCCAUUACUCAUCUUUUUCAAAACUAGGGAUGAGCGUAACUUUGUACACUCAAUCUUUCAGCGCGUUGCAGCUAGAGACUCAAGAAGCGAGAUAUAUUGUGUAUUUUUUCGUGGACUUGCAUCGGCGUAAGAGUUACUUUGGACAACAAUCUGAAAUUUUAUCGGUUCGCUUUAUGUGUCUCCUUCUGUAGCUGUUACUUAUCCUACAAAAUGUUGUAGGUAUUGUAGUGUUUAAUGAUGAUUGUUAAAGAAAAUUAAAAGAAGCCAACCUGAAGUACCUAGUGAGGGAGAUCGGAGAAUACGGGUGUUGAUGUGAUUUAUAUAAACAAUAAUGUUUUAUCGGGCUUGUAUCAAAAGGAACAGACAUCUUUAUUUUGGAGGCGACACUCUCUUGACUGUGUCGUUAGGCUCUUAGAAAAUAAGUACGUGUUAAAAAUGUUGGCUAUUGUGGCUAAGGAUAACGUAUGUUUCUACGUAACCAACAAUAAUAAAUUGUUCUGUUUUAAUUAUCCAGGACAAUUAAAAGUUUUAUAUAACGAUUUACUGUGGUUAAAGUAUGAUUAAAAAUAUAAUAAUAUGUAACUAUCAAUGUAUUUCAGUAGGUACCUCAGGAGCCAUUAAAAAUAAUAUGAUCCAUGGUCGUUCCGCCUAGCUAGGUUAUAGCUAGGAGCUAGGUAGGUACCUACACGAGUUUGACUUCAGUGUUUCAAUGACAAAGUCUGAAUUGGAUCAUGGCUCUGAAAGCCGCGCGGAUGAGUCCGAUAAUACGCUUAUCUUAUUUAUAUGUAUACCUAAUACCUAUGUAUAUCUGUGUUAGUGUAAGUAGAUACAUUGAAAUUUGUACUUGUUGGUAUCUAAUUUUUUAUGUAGCCAUAUUUAGCGUAUGUUUGAAUUCAUAUAUCAAUUUACAAGUAGGUAACGAUAUCUUUCUUUAUUGCAUGUACAGCCUGUUUUCUGUACAUGCAUAAAGUCUUUGUUAUUUACUUAGAUAAUAAUUGUAUCCUAAAUCCGUGAUAAAUUAUUUGUGCCAUAGACGAGGAAAUAUAUGGCAGUUCACCGGAUCAUCACCGUUGUGCAUCCCAUGACAGAGGAGAGGAGAACUAUGUUCGUUUUCGAGUUCUUACGAGUACGAGCACUGUGACUGGUUCUUAAGUAACGAAGUUUUUGGCCCUCAACUGAAAUACCUUUCACAAAUUGUCGGUUAAGUAAAGACCAAAAAACCGUAUUGCACCGAAAAUUUAUAGGUAUCUUUGUAUAUAUAUAUUAAUCGUACAUAGAUUAAUAAAAACAAAAUUUAAGUUAUCGUUGCUUCAGAAUCUAGCACACUGCGCACUGUCUAAUCAACCUUAUAACGUUAUUUAUUUAAGUAGGUACCUACUUAUACAAUUAUCUACAAUAAGUUAUAACUACUUACUAUUUUACUAAUAAGUAAAUCAUGUAAAAUUCUGUCAAGAAAAUACGGAGAAAAAAUCAAACGUUUGGUCCAUUUAUAACUUUACAACACUAUUGAGCUUUCAAAGACUUUCUAUUUUUCUAAUGAACUUUUUGUAGUACUUAUCUCUUUACCUUAAUCUUUGGAAUCAUAUCAAAGCACAAUUUUUAUGUAGAUAGUUUUUCAUUCAAAAUCAACUAACUAAAUAAUUGAGUACCUACAGUAUAACUUUCCUACUUCUUCCAUGUUGUAAUUUUCAUACUUUAGUUAAUUAAAUUAAUUUUAAAGAACAUUCAUAACAAAGAAGUAUGUAGGUAACGUACAUAAAUAAUAUAGAUUAUUAUUGAUGUUUAAAAAUAUUUAUAAAAUUUAUCGAAUAGUCGUAUUAAUUAAGGAAUUUGAAAUCGUCUAUGUGACGCUGGUAUUAUUAAAAUGAGAUAAUAUUAUAAAAAAUUGUAGACGUUUUUGUUAAGUAGGUAUAUACUAUGGUAUAAUAUUAUUAAGAAAAUGUUAUGUUAGAUAUUAAUUGCUAAGCCGUUUGUAACCUAUCUAGAUGUUAUACCUAAAUAAGUGACUAUAAACUUAAAUCGGUAUAUUCACGUGCCAAAAUUUCUUAAUUAUGGCUGUUAAUGUUCACAUUCGUCUAUACGUAACAUUCACUACUUAUUUCGAAGUUCAUAUGAUAGCAGAAAUAUUUUGCUUGUUAAAAAAAACCCCUGCGUGGUGAUUUGAAAAAUCAUGACUUUAAAAAAGUUAUAGCACACUAAAAAUGGAUAAUUAAAAUACAAUUAAUGAACCGUAAUAAAUACCUGUAAAAUACGCUUCCGUGUGCUCAAUGUUGCUAUUGAUUACGGUCUAAUAAUAAUAGUAUAAGUACCUACUAUAAAUGCUACCACUGAAUGCUUUAGGCAACUCUACUUAUAUCGGAUGGAAUUAUUUGAGUGAUGUUCCCGUUAUAGCCUGAUCAAUGUACUUACCUAAACAGCAACUUUUACACCGAGUUGAUCCCAUGCUGGAAGCUGCUUAUAAGAGACUUUAGUCAAAGAGAGAUAGACAAUUAACAAGAUGAAGACAAAGAUAGUCAAAAUAUGCAAGCUGAAGUGGCAAAGGGCUGGUCAUAUCUGCUGAAGAACCGAUAACCGUUGGGGUAGACGAGUUCUCGAGUAAAGACCACGAACAGGUAAACGCAGCGUGGGACGCCCUCCUGUCCGCUUGGCUGACGAACUUAGACGGGUAGCCGGUAGUGGUUUGAUGAUGAAGGCCGAGGACCGAGUGUUGUGGCGCUCCUUGGGAGAGGCCUAUGUCCAGCAGUGGAUGAUUAUUGGCUGAUGAUGAUGAUGAAGACAAUUAACUAAUAUAAAUGAGAGAGAGCAUUCCCGCGAUUCGUCACCCAAUGUUUGACGUGGAAAUGAUGGGCUUAGUACAAAAAUAUCGUCAACUAGUAAGGAUCGUUCACAAGGAUUUUAGGUUGACCUAGCAACAGGAACGUCACUUAUAAAAUUUCACCCUAAAUAUGCAUCUUCCAUUUCCACUCUUGGUAUGUAUACAUAUUCUUUUUUAGAACUAAAUUAGGUACGUGUGCUAUUUUGGAUAAAAUAUGUUUUGUACGGUCCUACGAGUGUUCUAGGGCGUUCACCAAACUAAAGACAGUCUGUCCCUACUUUAUUGACUAACUGCCUAACUCAGAGACAUAAUUUAACGUUGAUGUUCAAAAUUAA